GUGAGUUGCUUGGCGGGUUUAAGAGCGUGUAGGAGUCCUAGGGGCCCGGCCUGGUCUCUGCAUCGCUUCUGGUUGGGUGUCCGCUCUCCCUUGGGGAGAGACUAGGCUGACGCGGGACGCUUCCUCGUGCGGUAGAGACUCCCUCUCGGUCUUUUGCAGUGCCCGCCAUGGAGGACAAGCCGCCGGUGGUGUCCAAACAGAAGAGCCAGCUGGUGUGCGGGGUCCCCACGCAGGUGGUGUGCACGGCCUUCAGCAGCCACAUCCUGGUGGUGGUGACCCAGUUUGGGAAGAUGGGCACGCUGGUGGCCCUGGAGCCCGGCCCGGUGACCGGCGACGUCAGCAAGCCCGUGCUCACCACUCGGGUCCUUCUGGGGCAGGACGAGCCACUUAUCCACGUCUUCGCCAAGAACCUGGUGACGUUUGUGUCUCAAGAAGCGGGAAACCGAGCGGUACUGCUCUCACUGGCACUGAAGGACAAAAGCCUAGAAGGGCUACAAGCACUGCGAAAUGUCAUCCAAGAAUGCCAGGUGUGGUGACACUUGCUCCACGCAGGAACUUUUCUAGCUGGCCCUUUGGUGCUGUGGCUGUUCCCAAGUCUGGAGAUGAAGAGUGAGACUGUCACCUCCUGAGUUGAGGCCCUUUGUGUGCAUGGCAGUUGGAAGAAUUUUUUUUAUAAAGAAUAAAUGUUCCGGGCCCGGAG